UCCUGGUUUCCUCUCAAAGGGCGGUUGCUACGGGAUACAAACUGCGGCUGUCAUGGAGAGAGUAUGUGCUAUCAUUGUGGCUGUAUUCAUUUUCCAGGAGGCACUGGGGUUUAGCAUCAGGAACGAGCAGCUGGGGAAGUGUUUGCAGCCUCAUGAGGCCAGGCGGGGGGGUAGGUUGACACUGGAGGAGUGCAGGCCCGACUCUGCUUUCCAGCAGUGGCAGUGGCACCCCGAGACCCAGGCGCUGAGCAGCAUGCAGACCGGGGAGUGCCUGAGCGCCCCGCGGGGCCAGGAGCACGAGAGCGUCCGUCUGCAGGGCUGCAGGACGGGGGAGGCGGCCAGGGAGGGCCAGGCGUGGGGCUGCUCCAAGAAGGGCCACCUCACCCUGCUGGGCAAAGGGCUGCACCUCAGCGGCCACCAGGACUCCGCUAAGGUCUUCCUCUCGAAAGAGCGCGGCAGGGCCAGCAAGUGGAGGACCCACAGCAACAGCACUGUCUGCGGCGAGCCUGGGGGCCCGCACCAUUGGCAUCAACAUGGCAACAAGCCAAGCACCCUCCCGCCCACGCCCCCGUCAACACCCUCCGCCGCCGCCAGCACUGACACCCGACACCAGGAGAGUUUUACUGUUGGAGCUAUAAUGGAAGGUGGUUUAGCCCUCCCAAACCCCUCUGAACCAGGCCCGGAGCAAGAGCUCUCCCCCCAGCCUUUCUCCACCACAGACCCCAAAGAAGCCUCCAUGGCUUUUUUCAGUCUGGAGUAUGGUAUGGGCUGGAAGGUGACUAUGCUAGUUCUUAGCUCCCUGGCCCUUGUACUUGGCCUGGUCAUCCUGCUUCUCAACAUUUACUACAACAGGAAGAAGAAGGUGGUUUGCAUGGUGAAGUCGUACACGCCCACAGGGGCAGUCAGCCAGCCGGGCUCCCCGGUGCCCAACGAGAAGGCGCCCCUGACCCAGAACCCCAUGCGGCCCCCGCGCUCCCCCUCCCUGCAGAGGGGGGAGAUCCUGAUCGAGUGGAAGGAUGGGACCGUCACCCCCCUCUUUGACAACAGCAGCUGCCUAACUGACUGAAGGAGUGUGAAGCAGCCACCCCCCUACACACCGCAAACACACAUGCAUACACACGCAUGGUACACGCAGCCAGGCCAAUCUGUGUGGAAGCGGGAGUGAGUGUUGAUAGGGGUGUGACGUGAGAGAUGCGCGUAGGUGUGUGUCUGUUUGUUCCUCAGUUCAUGGAAAGGCGUACCCCAACAGCUGUGAAGUGGGCGUAAGUGCCGUGCUUAAUUUUGGUUUCUCUUUCACAUGUUCAAAGCAACAUUCAUGUUUGGGCUCGCAUUCAGGAAAGCCUCUUGUGUGUACCUUUUAAUUGCUCUGCACCGCACGAGGACAAAAGGAUUACAACAAACCAAGAUGAUGGAUGUUACAGAUUUCGCAGAAAACACUUAAAGUGAUCUCCUCAAGCAGGGAAAUAUGUCCCAGCUCAGUUAAGUUAUGGCUUAAAAAAAUGCCAGAUAACAUGUCCAGGUGUGCUUGGUGUGUGGCCUUUUAUGUGCAGUAUGACUGAAAUGAAUAAUGACUGUCAUUGUGGCCUGAAGUUCAUUUGUGUCAAUCCUUGUUGAUCAGACUGCUCUUAUACUGUCGUAUUUGACAUAUUGUUGCUAAUGAUUGGCGCAACAAAGCUUAAACAGCAUUAACUCUUUAACUUGGCUUAAAAUGCAAAGGAAAGGCUUUAAUAACAAAGAAUGUGCCCUUAACCUCUCUAAACUUAACUGUUAUUUCAGACCUGUUAAUACGCACUUAAGU